UUUCAAGUGGAUAUUUAACUAUGUUAUUUGGAGUUCUGAGUCAUUUGUGAUAUCUAUGUUGAACUAUCAUUUAGGUACGCUUAAUUGGAUAUUGUAUGGAGGGCUCCUUAUUUGUGGUUUAUGAAUUCAUGGAGAAUGACAAUUUAAGUCAUUAUUUGCGUGGUUCAGAAAGGGACCCAAUACCAUGGCCAACUAGAGCGCAAAUUGCCUUGGAUUCAGCUCUAGGACUUGAAUACAUUCACGAGCACACUGUCCCUGUCUAUGUUCAUCGUGACAUCAAGUCAGCAAACAUAUUAUUAGACAAAAGCUUCCAUGCCAAGGUUGGCGAUUUCGGGUUAACCAAACUCUCUGAAUAUGGAAAUUUCUCAUCCCAAUCUCGUUUGGUUGGUACUUUUGGUUAUAUACCUCCAGAGUGUAGAGGUGGUGAUGUGUCUCCUAAGGUGGAUGUUUAUGCCUUCGGAGUUGUCCUUUACGAACUCAUUUCUGCGAAGAAAGCUGUUAUCAAGAGCGGUGAAGAUGCCACAGAAACAAUGACACUUGUUGCUUUGUUUAAGCAAGUUUUAAGUCAGCCUGAUUCACAAGAAGAUCUUCAUAAACUUGUUGAUCCUAAGCUUGGUGAUAAUUACCCCAUGGAUGAAGUCUUCAAGAUUGCCCAUCUUGCCAAAGCUUGUACAAAAAAAAAUCCUCAACAUAGACCAAGCAUGAGGUCAGUUGCUGUUGAUCUUACAACACUAUCAUCUUCAACCGGGGAUUGGGAUAUCAGAUCUUUUUACGGAAAUAAAGCCGGCCUUAAUCUAAUGUCCGGAGGUUUGCUUCUGCUAAGAUCUCAUUUGUAUUGGGUUGGAAGUUCCCUUAUACUUCCUUAAUGAAUAAUAUCCUUCAUUUGCU